UAACUUCCGGUUUGUUAUUCUUAGGUUUACUGUUGUUGGCUUCACGCGUUCCUUGUAACUAAUCAUGUGAUGCUUAUUUGUGCAUCCUGGUCUCAAAAGUAUUAUCGUUGUUCAGGUCUGACACGACCAUGGCGAGUAGCAAAUUCCAGAUCGUGGUGCAGGGAGAAGCGUCGGAAACGGACUCUGACGAUGAGGUAUACAUUACAUCGCUCCCGUUUGUGCACGCCUCCACCUCUGUUCCCGGAGAGGCUUCGGAGACCGACAGCGAAGGUGAAAUGGGACAAUCGUGCAAAGAAGUAUGUGCCGGAAAUUCGGAGGAGUCUCUGAUAUUUCGUCAAGAGUUACCUCCUCUUGUCGUUAUUCGAAGCGAAGCUGAAUUGGUUUCUGGUGCAGAUGACGAAUUGAAAUCAGAGGCCGACAGAAAAUACAGCACCUUACUGCAACAAAAACUGGAAGAGAGCAAUGCUCGCUUAUGUGCAGAUAUUAAUCAAUGCUUCCGCUAUGUUUAUCAGAAUGCUACAAGAGAGAUUCUAAUGGCUACGACUCACUUGAAUAAUUCACAGAGUGGCAUAAUCAACGCAUCCCACAGUGUCCGUCUUAUUCUAGAAGAUCUCAGAUCUGUCACGGAGAAGAUUGAAAUCAUCACAAACUGUAAUUUGCUCCCAGACAUAACCACACGUAUCCCUUUUUCUGGCUUGUGAGUCGUAUGCAGGGCAUUGUUAGUGUCAGCUUGCAACGUUAACGUGCAAGAAAUGGCAUCUUAUGUUUAAACAACAUUUACCUCUUUGGAAUCAUUACCAGAGUUACUAAAAACUGGUUUCUAAAGCAGAUUUUAAGAAGAAAUGCAGCUCUCUUAACAUUGGACAUACAUACUAGAUUAAUAACUUGAAAUGCUCAUUUGAACAAAAUCUUAUUUUCAAAACUACAUAUUAAGAUGGGGAGGGGGAUCCACUGCAUUGUUGUCACUUGUAUCACAGCAAUAACUUUUAUUAAUCUUUGUAGUAAGAGUGUGCUGUGAUGUCACAUCAGUGGCAAGAUGAAAUCUUGAGGCUAGUGAGUGCUCAAUAUUUCUAGGCUGUCCAAAAUGCAGAUCACAGCACUGAUCUCACUUGGAGCAAAACGAAGCAGGCGGGGAAAGACCUAUGUACAGUGGAUUAGAAAACUGCUUCUGUAUAAUGAUUGAUAAUGGAAAGAACAAGUUUAAUAAACUUGCAUAGAUAGAUGUCAUCAUCUUUUUGACUAAUCACAAGCAUGUAGCCUACUGACUUUGUUGGGGAAUUUCCUGCUGGUAGAGGUAGAGACUAAUGGUAGGUUAACAGUUCCUGUCUGGAAUCAUUGGUUAGGGUUAUAACAUGGAUUUUAAUAAUGAUAAUGCAACCAGUAAAGUUGUGCGCCAAAUAAACACAUCUUAUGCAUGUAGGUCUGUAUUUCCUUCACUCUAUUAGAAAGCAUUCAUGGCCUGUUUCAAAGUUUACUAUCGUAUGUUCUGGUCUUGUUCCAAGUGCCCAUUUACAUUAUGUAUUUAUCUAUUAGCAAUCCAGGGAUCUGUAUUAAAGAACUAAAUGGCUAAUGACAUGAUCUUGAAGGUACCUCCAUGUUGUAAUUUUGAAUAAUUCUCAGUGACAGUGCUUUCAAUUAAAAUGGGACAGUUUGGGGGAAUUAUUUAGAGCAUCACAGUGAAUCAAUACCUACUAAAAUUAUGUAUUUUUACCUUAUGACCUUAUUAACUUUCCUAUGGUGAAAUCCUGUUAAACAGCUUAUUUUAGAACAAGUUAGCUCUUAAUAAACACUAUAUGACAGCCUCUUUCAUAUAAGUGUAGCUUAAAAUUUGAGUGGGACAUUUUAGUAUUCAAUGUCUUAUACAAUUAUAAAAUGCAUUAAAAUUCAUAAUUAUGAAUGUGAGAACCAUCUAUUGAAAAAGAAAUGUAAAAAAAUGUAUAUUAAUUUAAAUUGCUUUAAUCUGAGCGUACUGUUCUUUACAUAUUAAAAUGCAAGUUUGGCAUGUCUGUGUGUCAUAAAGGCUAUUUCUAAAAGCAGUCAAAUUCCCUUUGUGCUUCAGAAGAAAAUAAAGGUUUUUGGAUGUUUAGUGAUGUAAGGCUUUUAUCAGUCCUCUCACUCAUCUCUGCAAACUAUGAUUUAUGGUUUCUGCUCUUUCUCCACAUGUUUCCCAUAUUCCUCUUUAGCUGCCCUCUCUUCCACUGCACUAAUUUAUUUUUAUUUCCAGUCUUAACACUGCUCUAUUGUCUUUAUUUUGAUAAUUCCUGUCAUUUGUUUGCUCUGUCUGUGUUUCACUGCUGUGACGUCCUCCUGAUAAUUCAUAAAUCAUGCGAGCUACUAUUAGUAUUCCCUACAAUGUGACUCCCUUUUCUGUAAACAGUCUAUCCUUUAAUCAGUAGUGCUACAACUUUAUUUGCUCUCAUGUUAUGCUGUCUUACUCUAUUCAUUUUUAGAUAGCUACAAGGCUAUGUCAAAUGAUCUGGAGUUGGUGAUAGAAGAAUGUCUCAUUCUAGUCACCACAUAUCAUAUCAUGUCUGAACAUGUUGCACCUGCUAUGUCAUUUACAUAUUUCCACUUUCUCUAUAUAAUCUCUAUAUUCUCAUUUAUCUCUGAAUAAAGUUUGUGUUCUUCUCAGCA